AUGUCUCUCCGCACUCUCAGAAUCGGCCUCAUCCCCGGCGACGGCAUCGGCAAGGAAGUCAUCCCCGCCGGCCGACGCGUCCUCGAAGCCCUCCCCGCCGCGCUCAAGCUCAAGUUCGACUUCAUCAACCUCCACGCCGGCUUCGAGACGUUUGAGAAGACGGGCAGCGCCCUGCCCGACGCCACCGUCGAGGCGCUGCGCUCCGACGACUGCCACGGCGCGCUGUUUGGCGCCGUCUCGUCGCCGACGCACGCCGUCAAGGGGUACUCGUCGCCGAUUGUCGCGCUGCGCAAGAAGCUGGACCUGUACGCCAACGUGCGGCCCGUCAAGACGGUGCUGACGGCGCCCAAGCCGAUUGACAUGGUGAUUGUGCGGGAAAACACCGAGGACCUGUACGUGAAGCAGGAGACGACGAGGGAAACGCCCGAGGGCCGCGUGGCCGAGGCGAUUAAGCGCAUCUCGGAAAGGGCCACGUUUCGGAUCGCGAGCAUGGCGGGGGAGAUUGCGCUGCGCAGGCAAAAGAUUCGGGAGUCUGGCGCAAGCAGCAUUCAUGAGAAGCCGACGGUGACGAUUACGCACAAGUCGAAUGUGCUGUCGCAGACGGACGGCCUCUUUCGGGAAAUCUCCAAAAAGGCGCUCGCGGACCCCAAGUUUGCGUCCGUUGCGGUCGAGGAGCAGAUUGUCGACUCCAUGGUGUACAAGCUCUUUCGGCAGCCGCAAGACUACGACGUCAUUGUCGCGCCCAACCUCUACGGCGACAUCCUCUCCGACGGCGCCGCCGCGCUCGUCGGGUCGCUCGGCCUGGUGCCCAGCGCCAACGUCGGCGAGGGCUUCGCCAUUGGCGAGCCCUGCCACGGCAGCGCCCCGGACAUUAUGGGCCGGGGCGUCGCGAACCCGAUUGCGACGAUUCGCAGCGCGGCGCUGAUGCUCGAGUUCCUGGAGGAGCCCGAGGCCGCCGCCAAGAUUUACGCGGCCGUCGACGCCAACCUGGAAGAGGGCAAGCUGCUGAGCCCGGACCUGGGCGGCAGCGCGACGACGGAGCAGGUUGUGGAGGAUAUUCUGCGCAGACUGUAA